ACCUUCGACUUCGUCUCGCUCUCUUGAGUUCUCUUCCCAUUUCUCCGACGACAAAAUGAAGUUCUUCUUGUUGUGCGCCCUUUUGGGCAUGGCCAUCGGCGACAGUCCCCCAUCAAGCAGCUAUGGAGCACCAAAUGGAAACGGCUUUGGAGGUGCCAAUGGCAAUGGCUUUGGAGGAGCCAACGGUGCUCCCAGCAAUGGCUACAGCGCCCCGAAUGGUAACGGCAACGGCAACGGCAACGGCUUUGGAGGUUCCAACGGUGCCCCUAGCAAUGGCUACAGCGCCCCAAAUGGUAACGGUAACGGCAACGGCAACGGCUUUGGAGGUUCAAACGGCGCCCCAAGCAAUGGCUACACCGCCCCUAAUGGCAAUGGAAAUGGUCGUAGAAACAAUGGAAAUGGUUUUGGAAACGGCGGUCCCUCAAAUGGCUAUGCUCCUCCAAGCAAUUCCUACGGCCCACCAAGGAACGGAUAUGGAGUAGACCCUGCUAUUGCUGCUUUGGCUGAGAACAUCCCAGGAGGUGGUGUCCCUGGAGAAGACUACCCUAUCUUGGCCUCUGUCCCUGAUACCGGAUUCGACUGCAAUGCCCAGAAUGUCCCUGGAUAUUAUGCCGACACUGAUGCUGAGGCUGGCUGCCAGGCCUUCCACAUCUGCCAGGACAGGCCAAAUGGCCGCCGCCAGCAGGACUCCUUCCUCUGCCCCAACGGCACCAUCUUCAACCAACAGUACCUCGUCUGCGACUGGUGGUUCAACUUCGACUGCGCUGACGCCGAAUCCUUCUACUCCGUCAACGAACAAAUCGGAGUUGUCCCUAAUGCCGGAUACGGUUAUGGACCUAGUGCUAAUGGAAAUGGAAAUGGCAAUGGCAAUGGCAACGGCAGGAGAAACGGAAAUGGAAACAACGGCUACGGCUCAAACGGCAACGGUGCUCCCGCUGCUCCAUCUGACUCCUACGGAGCACCUUUCUAAAUGCCUAUUCAUCUCUACCAAAAUCAGCUCUGACUUUCAAAAAGAGUCCCUUUUUUCUUCAAAACGAAUUACUAAGAAUUUGCUAAAAUAACCACUUUUUCUACAUCUCUCUCUUACUGAAAUUUUCUAUCAAGUCCAAAAUGCUCCUUAAAUAACUACAAUUAACAAUCGACAGGACCAAAGAGAGCUACCCGGGACUUAUCUUGAAACUCAGAGCUGAUGAUGACCGAAUUUCACCCUCAUUUAUUCUAUAUCAACAAAUCUCUUCUCCUUAAGAUAUUUCCCAGAGACGCAGAUUCAUCGCCACUGAGAGAAACAAAUCUCAAUGUAUAUUUUUGUAAUAAAGAUGCAGCAACGAAA